CUUUCCACUUGGAGUCAGUAGGGUGUUCCAAAGUCCAUCGGAGUUGUUCGUAACUUUUGGGACCAAAGAAAAUUGUUUUGCUGGGGCGAAAAACGAAAACCGGAAAUAACUUGGAAUCUGAUGGGUUUUGUUUUGCGCCGUGUCAUUGUACCUGUUCAUGAUACACGUUGAGGUUUUCUCUCCUGUUUUACUUGAUGUAGGGGUUAGGGACGUAAUGUAUUCGAAAGAGCGUAGUAGUUCUAGUUCAUCUGAAUGAGCGUCGAAUGAGGUCGCGAAGAUAACUCGAUACGUAGGCAGGUACUUCUUCGUAUUUUGGCAUACCAGCAUUCAUAAUAUACGCACGGAGGAAGGAAGGAACAACAACAAAGAUGACGUCAUCACAUGGGGGUUUCGUUCGAGGCAGCAUAAGGGAGAUACUCUCCAAAAGCUCAUCUGCCGCUGAGAGUCCUCACACUUUCGUCGCUGGUGGCUUAUCGUCUCGUAAUUACGGAAAUACGGCCAGUCCCACGUCUUCCAGCGAAGACGGGUCGUCUCCUGACGGAGAGAGUGGCAGCGUUGGAUACGGUAAAACCAGGAGUGGAAGCAGGCAGCUGGACCAUCGUGAAAGACGUGCUGACAAAGGGAAUCAUGGAAGGAGCAACGACGAUUCGGACUACGACGGUUCGCUUUCAGAAGGCUCUGGUGACCAGCAUGACUCGGACUACGAUGACUCCGGCCACCAACAUGGUAGAAGCAGAGAGGAGGGGAGCGAAUCAGAAUCUGAUGGAGACGAUGUCAAUCGAAGCCAUAAUGAAGACGAUGACAGUCGGAGCAUCGAAAGCGAUGUGGAUUUGGCAAGGUCGUCACCAUCAAAUAAUAGGUCGUGCGUAGACGAUAGAUCUCACCAAGAAGGCGAGCAAUCAUACCAUUCCGAUCACUCAGGUGGAUCUGAGGAUGAUAGUAGAAGCAGAGACGAGGAACAGCAAAACGAAGAACUUGCAGCAGAUAACUACAGCAGCGAAGAGGAUCAUCUGUCGGACAUAGAAGCUGCGCAUGAGGGUGAAGAUGAGGAUGAAGAAGAUUAUAGUUAAGAUGAAGAAGACUAUAAUAAAGAGCUGGUACUAGCAUUGCUGUACUCAUGAUUUUUAUAUGUCUUUAUCAACAGUAACUAUAAUUCCGUCUAACACUUCUUUGAGGUAGCAGGGUGUCAUCGUAUAGUCUAGGUGUUGGUAUGCUGGCCAAUGAUAGACUCACUGUAGUGUAAUGUAACUUGCUCAGUCACAUUGUUUAUCAACAGUAACUACACAGUGUGCAUUGGUUGCUAUAAUAGUCCUCCUACUUUAUACAGUUGUGUUGUCUUUCUCAAAUCACAGUGUGCAUUGGUUGAUAUAAUAGUCCUCCUACUUUAUACAGUGGUGUUGUCUUUCUCAAAUCACAGUGUGCAUUGGUUGAUAUAGUCCUCCUACUUUACAAUACAGUGGUGGGCUCUUUCUCAGAAGAAGUAUUGUGAAGGCCUCUAAUCUAGUCCCAUCGACGAGAGAGGUCGACACAACGGCGAACUGAAUCGUGAAGAGGCUGCGCGUUUUUUCGGUGUAUCCGAUCCAGAAGACGACGAUGGUGGACUAGAGAACGACGAUGAGCUGGUGUAUGACCAUGAAGGAGGAGAAGAAGGUGCAGAAGAGGAUGCUAUCCAGCGAGAAGGGGAAGGAGCAGAGAUAGAGGCCUCAACACAGCAAAUAGGAUCACAAGCAGACGCAGCUAAGUGGCGAUGGAUCCAGGAAAGUGGCAUGUAUCGAGACGGCGUUGUUGAUGAAGAGGAGGACUCGGUGCAGGAGUGUCGUCGUGCCAGUCAAGAACAACUUUUUGCACAUAUGAAUCAAGAUAGUGCACGUGGCGGCGAUCGUUCUGUCCGUGGUGUUGAUCUAUUGGUGGAAAAAUGGCGAGAGCGAUCAUCUGACUCCGCGGGUAUCGCAGUAGCAUCAUCAUCAUCAGGAAAAGCCGCACUCUCUUCUGUGUCGAGGAGGGCAUCACCCAGUACUUCUAAAGCUGCUGUAGUAUCACCUGGACCUGCUGGUGUCGUAGGCAUAACACCAGAGAAAGACGGGUCGUCUUAUUCACGACGUAGCUCAUCAGAUCAACGACGCGGAUCGCGAGGCUACGUUCAGAUGAGGGAACAAAGACUACAACAGCGCAUGCGAAAUUCGCCCUUUCAACUCAAGGGACAGACGAACUCUCCAACACAGGUGAAAGGGAGUCAUGGAGUACCACAGCAAAGCAACACAAGUGCUAUUUGUACUAGACAAGAGGAAGCCGAAGCUCCUAGAAGAAGUGCCAGCAAAGAGGAGCCAAGAACCUCGUCCUCGUCCUCGACACAUCCGAAUCAACAGAAACAACACUCCUCUUCUCGUGUGAGUUCUGCUACCACCACGGCCGAUGCGAAUUCAUCACACUGUUUGCUGAACUCCGAUCUACUUUCGACGAUCAACUCCGUAAAUUCGACACUCAUAUCCACGAAUUCAGAAAUUGUACCAGAAACAACUAGAGAGGUUGUUGUAGAUUCUGAAGCAGGAAGUCGUGAUCAGCCUGCAGAUGCUGUUGAACGAGCCGAUGUCCCUACACCGUUCACUCCUGUGGAUUUAGAACGCCGCAAGCAUCCUAGCAGAUGUUCUACUGCAGCUUCGUCUAGUAGUUGUGAAACUUCAGGGGAAAAGCAGCUGCAUUACAGCCACUACUUGGCUGACGACCAUAAGCAAGAUGCGCCUUCGUACUCGCUGUUUCGCUCUGCCAAUGCAGUUUUGGCCGCACAAGAAGCUGAGGCUACGAGAGGUAGUCAGAAACAAGGUGCUGUUUCGUCUUCGCGCAAUUCCAGUCGUAUGAACUUCUACUCGGCAGCAGAGGAGCACGAGGGUUACGGUUCAUGCUCUUCGAGUGGUGUGAAAACAAAGUCCUCGUAUCAGCUGAGCACCAGCGUUGGUCAUGAUCAUCAUCCUCGCUCUGGAGUGCGUAUGGAGCGACAAUGCAGCACGCUGGCGAGUCACCACGCCUCAACAGCCUGCUCACCACGUCGAGCAUUGCAAACAUCUUUCUCAAGGGAGACUCACACCCCUCCUUUGUCACCUGCCGUGGUACUAGGAAAGGCAUGUUGUCGAGCACCAGGUAUUAGUAUUCAAAAGAGUGUUUUGGGUGGAAGAAGCAGAACACCUACAAGCAGUGCCCAACCGAGUCCAAGUAACCACAGUUCAACAUCUCUGACACCGAGUCAUAGUCCGUGUCCGUCCUUUUCUUCGCCUAGCAGUGGUGGUGUGGUGGAGAGUGGUGCAGCUAGUGGAGGUUUUUCUAGGGAGAAAAGAGGAAGCAAUUACAGAGUGGAGGAACGAGAUGAACGACAGCAGUCUACUCCAAGCUAUGGUGGAUCCCUUUCUUCAUCAGGGACUGCAACAAAACAAACUACAGCUAAACAAGUACUCGAAAGACGGUUUGAUCCUCGACGUGGCUGCUACAGCUACGGAAAUGGGAAGCAUCCUGGUGGGUAUAGCACAAGAGCAGGAUCUACUUCUGGUGCUGGACUUGCAUCGCUGCCUUCCGCCUUUCAGCCUAGCGCAAGGCGUGCUGGACCGGGGCCUUCUGUUGUUAUUUCUGGCGACUCGCCCGCAUCAUCUUCCAGGAGUUCUAGAACUGCAGUAGAAAGAAGGACCAAGAUGUGGGAUCAAAAUUUCAGUCCAGUUUCUAGUACUAGUAGUUGUAUGAUGAAUUAUCAAGGUGCUGCGCGAGGAUCUGCGACGAGACAGGCGACGACUGCAUCUGUAGCAUCCUCGUCUUCUUCCAAAGGGCACUAUGAAAAACCUAAGAGCCGCGUUGCGCGUAUAAAGCUGUGUGUCUGCGCGAAUUCUGCUACACUAGCUAGAGAGCGGUGUCGCUUACUGAAAGAAGAGGCAGCUUUCUUCCAAGAUGUGCAGAGCUGGCAAGCUAGAGAAAAAGGCUUAAACGAGCGCCAUGCCCGAUUAGAAUCACGGAAAGCGCAGAUCGCUAAGAGAAAGGCCGAAGAGGGCAGUCGAAAAUCUGCGGUAGCAGAGGCGAAAAAGGAAGUGGAGCAACUAAAAUCAGAGACGUUGCCGUCACUAAGGCAAAAAAGCGAGGCCGCAGCAAAGCAGAUCGCUGACGUGCGAACGGCGCUCAACGAACGAGAGGGGAAGGUUGGGGAAGACCGUUCAAAACGGUUAGCCGAAGAAGAUACCUUCGUUGCUGAAACGUCGAAAGAGCGCGCUCGUUGGGCGGACAAGGAGAAAGAGCUACGGCGAAAAAUCGCAAAGAUGGAACGAAAAUUGGGCAUAGAAAUCCUCUCUGGAACGUCUAGUACAUCUUCGUCACGUAUUGAAGCUACCUCUCUACUAGAACAUAAAAAAGACGAAGAUCAAGAUGAAGACGCAAUCAUGUUGCCACAGGAACUAGCUUUGUCACUUGAGGAGACGAAGAUAGCCACAGAUAGCGUAUUAGACCCUCUACGAAAAGACGUCGCGGCUUUGCAGAACAACGUCCUCUCCAAGCGCCAAACGGUAGAACGACGACGGGCAGAGCUCUUGCCACGUAAAGAGAAGUUUGAGGAGAGACGAAAACGCAGAAGAGCCUUUCAGGAUCAAAUUGCGAGUGUCAAACGCGAAUAUGCGCUAGCAGUGGAGAAAGCGGAAAAGACGGAUGCAGAAUGCGCGCAGCUUGCGCUUAGUAUCCGCCAAUUUGGAGAAAAAAUCGAAAGUUCCAUGUCCUUUGCCGCUGAGCAGUGCGAAAUUGGAGACCGUCUAGAGGAGGAAGUCGAGGAUCUUCACGCGAAAAAUGCUGCCUUAGAAGCAGAUCUAGUAGCCCGAACUAGACUAAAAGAAGCAAAACAGCGUCAAAUCCGAGAAGAUGCUAGGCAGAGACAAGAAGAGGCGCUUCUGAGAGCAGGGAUAGACGCAAAACGAUCAGAAGAAGAGCGACGAGAGGACGCUGAACUGGAGUUGAGCAUGUUGCAAGUGCAUAUUGAGACCUUGAAACAGUCGCAUAAAGCGUUGAAUGCCGCGAUCGAAGAGACGACAAAAGCUGUGGAGUUAAGGCAAUUCUUUAUUAGGCUCUAGUCUACUUUGGUCUUCCUCGGUCUAUCUCUUUAUUAUCCUCUAGAAGUGGGUGGAGUGCUUUUUCUGCUUUAAGGCUUUUUAUCCUCUAGUGCAUUUUGCUCCUAGAUAGUCAUUGAAAGUAGACCAUGAAUGAUUCUAACAUAGGAAAGUAGGGAGAAGGCGCAGGCGAAUCGCGAUAGACGCGCAGCGAUACGACAACGGAUGAAAACACAAUCCUUAUCGCUGACGGGGACGACAGGUGGAGGGACGAAUGGAUGAGUCUCUUUUCAAGUUUGGCAGGAUUUACGCAGUUGUCCUCAACAAGCAGAGUAUUUCUUCUUUGCAUAGGCAUGGCAUACUGAGUUGCGAAGAUGCGACUCAGUGAUCCUAAACCAUUUGGAUCCCACAUCUGUCUCGAUACCGUCAAGGGGCUUUUGUUGUUGAAUAACCACGCAAUCUGCUUCUAUGAUCCACUCUUUGACUUUUACUUACAC